AUGGAUCCUCAUUAUGAAGACUUGUGGGCUUUUGAAAACAUUGAGGAAUCUUCACCUGAUAUAUGUUUAGGAAAAACAAAAAAAUGGUUAAAAAUACCAGAGAAUAUACAAUUAUUAUUAACAAUAUUAUCUGUAUUUCUUGGUGUAUCAAUUGGUCUAUUAAUUCGAUAUAGUAUAAGUGAAAUAAGUUCACGUACUAUUAUACUUGUUGGAUUCCCUGGUGAAAUAUUAAUGAGUAUGCUGAAAAUGUUAAUUAUACCAUUGGUUAUAUCAACUUUAAUUGCAGGUAUGGCUAAUCUUGGUGGUAAAGCUGGAGGAAAAGUUGGCGCAUGUACAUUAACCUACUAUAUAACAACAACAUUUUCAGCUGUUAUACUCGGUAUUGUCUUAGUAACAUCAAUACGACCUGGAUAUAGUGGAAUUAAAAAAGAACGUGGUAGUGGAGCACUCAGUAAAGCGCCUAAAGUUGGAACAUUAGAUGCUAUUUUGGAUUUAUUCAGAAACAUAUUUCCACCUAACAUUGUACAAGCAUGCACACAACAAGUUUCAAGUCGAUAUGUGACGAAGUCAAAGACAGAGGUGAUUAAUAGUGAAAAUGUAACGACAUAUACGGAAGUAUUAGAAACAAAAAUGGUCGAUUCAACAAAUAUACUCGGUCUUAUAACAUUUUAA